GCGCGUUCUGAUGACGCAAGCAGAGUGCGACAGCAUAUCCUGGGCUCCAGAGUUGGCAGCACAGCAGUCACACCGACAUGGCUUGUUCGGAGCGGAGCCGUGGCGGUGACAGGGGCCUUGCGGGCGGUUCGCGGACGGGGAGGCCUUGGUGGCUGCUUGUGGCGGCUCUCUCCGCACUCUGUUCCUUGCCCACGGCCACAGCGCUGGUGGAGGGCCUGUACUGCGGCACGGACGUCUGCUACGAUGUGCUCGGCGUCACCCGGGAGGCCUCCAAGGCAGAGAUCGCUCGGGCGUACCGGCAGCUGGCCCGGCUCUACCACCCGGAUCGGUACCGGGCAGGAGAGCCCGGCUUGGAGGGAGAGACCCAGGAGUCCGCGCACACCAAGUUCCUGCUCGUCGCGACCGCCUACGAGACGCUAAAGGACGAGGAGACUCGGCGCGACUAUGAUUAUAUGCUCGACCACCCCGAGGAGUAUUACCAGCACUACUACACAUACUACCGCCGACGGCUCACCCCCAAAGUGGAUGUAAGGGUUGUCAUCCUCGUCACCAUCUGUGCCAUCUCCAUCUUCCAGUAUUACAGCUGGCACAGCAGCUACAAUGAGGCCAUCAACUACUUGGUAACAGUCCCCAAGUACCGGAUCCAGGCCACAGAGAUCGCCAAACAGCAGGGCCUCCUCAACCGCACUAAAGAGAAGGGAAAGAACCGCCGGUCCAAGGAGGAGAUACGGGAGCAGGAGGAGGAGGUCAUCCGGGACAUCAUCAAGAACAAGAUCGAUAUCAAGGGAGGCUACCAGAAGCCCAACCUGUCAGACAUUCUGCUGUGUCAGAUUGUGCUCUUCCCUUAUUAUCUGACCAACUACGUGGCCUGGUACGUGUCCUGGGUUUACCGCUUCACCAUCUGCAGGGAGGAGUACGGAGACGAAGAGAAGCUCUACAUCAUAAGGAGGCACAUGAAGAUGUCCCAGUCGCAGUUUGACAGUCUGGAGGAAAACACCAGGGAAACCUUUUUAGACAAAAGGCUCUGGAUCAAAGAAAACUAUGAGAUGUACAGAAAAGAGCAAGAGGAGGAGAUGAAGAUGAAGAUGGCGACCGACCCAAGGAUGAAGCGGUACCGUCGCUGGAUGAAGAACGAGGGGCCAGGCAGGCUGACGUUCAUCGACGACUGACUGCUGCCAGCGCCGCCGGUACCGGUUCUCCCCGCCUCAGUGGCACCGACGCCACGUGGAAAGAAGCCUGUACAGAAUGAACUAUGCCUGUUCACACGGCGAGAGAUAUUUUCAUAGUGAUAAGGACUCAUACAGGACAGAAAAUGAAAAACGGACGAUUUUUUUAAAAGAUUUGAUAAAACAGAUGAAUUAAUGAGUAUUAGUGCCUGUGCAACAACUUUCCUGUUGAAUAACUGGCGUCAUCUGGACGCGAGGUGAAGAAUGUGUGGCUUGUGUGACGGUUCAGCAGCCAAGCAGUGAUGUUAAAGUGAGCUGGGGUGCGUUGAUAGACCAGCACCUGCUCAUUCAGCCUUAGUGAAGCUCUCAGAUGCUGAGCAUCUGUAAAGCAGUCAGUUCAGUCUUUCUGGAGCCGGGUUCAGCUGUUUACAUGAAGAGUACAUUCAGCCACCUCAGCAUAUCGAUCAGGACGACUGAGGUAGAAAGGAAAAUGCUGGAACUGCAGCUUUUCUUCUCACCCUGGGAAAGUUUAACUACUUUUUGUGGUGAAAAAUAACGGUUGGGCUGAUGAAGUCGUUGCUACAUACUGUUUUUUUUUUUUCUUCAAAGCUUCGUUAUCAGGAAAGAAGCAGAAUCAUUGUGCUGUUGGAAGCCAAGGUCACAGCUGCAGCUAUCUGUAAAUUAUGCAAUAGCAGAUGUUUAUCACCCAGGGACUGUGGCUUCUGCUCGUUAUCAUCAGAAGGUCAGACCAUCGCUUCGUGUUUACUGCAUCUUAAAGACCCGGGUGCUGCAGAAUUAUUUAUUGUUUCUCUUUUCCUUUUCUUGUUGUUUCUUUCUGCAGGUGGCAUUAAAGUUGUACUGUAACUAAGUAGGAUGGUGGUUCAUGACUGGUUUUGCGGAUGCUGAGUCUGAGUUAUUGUUGCCUUGAAGACCUCGCUUACGAUGCGUUUCUUUUCAUAUAACAAAAGACACACAACUGCUGCUCAGUCUGUUUGAGAAUGAGGUGGAAAGCAAACAGUUCUUAGAUAAAUAUUAGCUCCUGUUGAUUUAUGUUGAAUCCAACUUUGACUAAGUUCACAUGCUCAGGAGUCCAAUGGCAACAUCCAGGUUCUGCUUGGAAACGUCAGCAUUUUAUUCCUUUAACUUUUCCGCAGGUGAUGACUACAUCUACUGAACUAUUUAACCUAAGGGAAGAAGGACCUUUAUAUGGGUAAAGUUACUUUUUAGAAGUACUUGUUAUUUCUUGCUAAAUCAGAUUCUUAUAAAAUUAUAUUAAACUAUUGCUUGAUGAAAUUUACAACUAGACAGCAUUUCCUGUAGAAAACACCAUUAAUGCCACAAUGCUGAUCAUAUUCUGAUCAACCAGAGUUGCUGAAGCAGUUGACUUUCAAAUAAAAACGUUGAAAUAGA